CCGCGGCGGGAAGGGGCUAUUCGAGAGCUGGGCAUGGCGGAGAACGCGCCGGGCGCCAAAGUCAGAGGAGGAAGAAUUGUGCCGUCCCGUUACUUGCAGUAUGACCGGAAAACCACAGGGAAGGCCGAUAUUAGCCAGUCUCUCAUGAAAGAGCCGGAGAGGGCAGCCUCUGCCAAGAGACCUCCUACUCAGUUACAGAAGCAGAAAAAUACUUCAGAGAUGACCUUCAGGGUGCUGCAUUCAACUGUCCUGGAAGACCACGGGAAUGCUCAACCAGACCUGGAUUUCUCUGUGAUCAGCGACAAAACCCGACCUGCGAUGCCACUCCCGAAGCCAAAUCCUGCUGUGAAAGGCACCUCCAGAAAACAGCUGACCCAGAUGUCCCCUGAGGCAGAGAAUUUGGCUCGACUGCUGGAAUCUCAGAACCUGCUUUUAACAUACGCCUCUGUAAAGAUGGAGAAAUACCUUGCCACCUUGGAGGAGAAAGCGGAGAGGAACUUGCUGGCACUCUCGGAGGAAUGCGAGAAGCUUCAGAGGGAGGCGCACAGGAAGAAACGCAGACUUCUGCAGCUGAAGAAAAAGCAGGACCUCAGUGAGGCACUGGACAGACAGCUUGAAGUGCUUGCCCCUGUUGCAGAGCGAUGUGCCAGGUUCCAUGAAGAGUACAAGCACUUUGCCACUGCCCUGGACUCAACGCGGCAUGAACUGCCACUGAAAGAGAUCCAUGUGGGAGAGAACCAGCAUCAGUACCUUGCUGACAUGCAAGAACAGCUGAUUGCCACUCAGAACAUUUUGAAGCAGUAUCCACAAGAACACUUGGAGGACAACGCCCAGGUGCUGGCUGUGAUGAAGGAGCUGGAGGAGGCGUCUCUGAAGCUGAACGAUGAGCUCCCAAGGAGCUUUGCCACCGUGCUGAGCCUGUCUGCUGACGUGAGCAAGGAGAUCUCGCUGCACCACCAGAAAAGCUGUGAAGACACCUUGGGACUGGAGGCCAUGAAGCAGUAUUACUUCCCUUAGGCCCCCACAGCAGGCCUUGGACUGUUGGCCCAGAGGGGGGCUGGACUGGCGCCACUUCCCCUGACAAUGGGUUCAGUGCGGGAAUUGCGCCAGCCGCUGUUUCACAUGUAAUAUGUUUUGUAUUAAACACUUUUUCACUGCAAGGACACUUUCUCGCUGCUUCAGUGAAUGAAUCUUUCUGUUCCUGCGUGGAAAUAACUGAAC